AUGGAGUGGGUUCUAGUGCCUGGACAGAUCUUCAGUGGCUGCUGUCUCAAUGUGUUUCUGUUGGAAUCGCUUUUGGCCGCUCCCUCGGACACAGGCGUCGAUUAUGGUCCUGUAGUGACAGCUUGUCAGUAUCUACUCACGUCAGCAAUAAGUGUAGUUCCGCUUUUGGAUUAUUCGGAGGGUCUGUGGCGUCGUGGGUUUCUCCAAGAACCGCGACUUCCGCGUAGAAAGCUCGCGGUGGUCGUUCUUAUGUACUUUGCAGUGUCGGUGUUGAACAACGCGGCUUGGAAAUACGACUUGAGUGUGCCCGUACAUACAAUGUUUCGGUCAAGUGGCACCGUGGUGCUGCUUGCGGUUGGGUACUUGUUUGGCGGAAAGCUGUACUCCAAGGGCCAGGUAGUAUCGUGUAUAGUUAUGACUACAGGAAUCUUAAUGGUAGUGGCUCAGAAACAUGCUGGUCCGGCUACGAAGGAUGCAGAGACCGGCAAGGGAAUUGUGGGUGCGCACUUGUACUUCUGGGGUGUGUUUAUGUUGUUUGUGUCAUCCAUUAUCCUGGCGUUUAUGGGGCUCUACACCGAGAACAUGUUUCGCAGACACGGCCGCCAUUGGAAGGAGUCGCUCUUUUACCUCCAUUUCUACGGCCUUCCGCUAUUCCUCAUCUAUUCGCGGACCAUCCGAGAUGGCUGUGUGGCCAUCUGGUCCUCGCUGCCAACAUAUACUAUUGUUCCAGGCCUCAGCUGGCAGAUCCUGCAGCAAUCGCUUCUUCUUUUGGUCAAUGCUGUAACUCAGAUGAUAUGUGUUCGAGGCGUCAAUCGCUUGACGAGCUUUGCAUCGGCGUUGACCAUCACUGUCAUCUUGUCUCUUCGUAAGUUUGCAAAUUUGGUCAUCAGCUCGAUUGUAUUUGGAAAUACGUUCAACUGGCAGAGUAUUACUGGCUCAAUUCUUUUGGUGCUUGGGUCUAUCCAAUAUGCUAUCUAUUCUAUAAAGGAGAAGAACAAGAAGAAGGACAUGCUUGAUUGA